ACGAAACGGCUCGUGAAAACCACAAGCACUUAGUAUACAUUGAAUUUCCGCAUUUAACGCCAGUUGUCGCUUGUCGCUAAACAGAAAGGUCCCCAAUCUUUUCUUCUGCUACUUUGGUAAAGAUGACCGCCAGCCUUAAUCAAGGCAAUGAAGACUUCAAAUCUCAUGUCUUCAUUAUCAACGGAGGCGUACUGCUCUUUUUCGCGUUGUUGAUAUCGAUCUCCAAUGGCAUCCUCCUGUUCAUGAUCUAUAAAGAUCCGCUGAAGAAAUUUCGCAACGCCACCGCAGUUCUUGUGGUCUCUCUGAGCAUAGCAGACUUUCUAACGGGAUGUGUAACCGCUGUAGACGUUGGAAUAGCACAUAUUCUGGAAGGAAUGGCAAUGCAAGAUGUCAUGCUUCAGGCCAAGAUCGUUUCGCAGAUAACCGUGCGCGCGAGUGUUUGUAUCAUGAUCAUUUUUGCGGUUGAACGGUUCAUAGCUGUUGCCUUCCCGUACGUUUAUCGUAGCUCCGUGACCAUCCCAAAAACCAUCCUCUGUUGUGUGCUGUGUUGGUUGUUAGCCAUUGUUACAAGCUGUCUGGAGCUGGUAGUGGAGCGAGAUUUGUACGAUGUUGUGUUUCUUUACCUCAUUUUUGUCCUACCACUUGUCACGAUUAUUUUCACAUACUCGGCAGCUUAUUAUAUGGUGCUACAUCGACAUGGAAGACUCUACCAAAAAGAGAAAAUAUCCAGGCGAUCGGCUGAGAUGCAGAAACAACUGAUGACGACUGCCUGUCUGAUAAUUCUUGUCUUCUUCGUUUCUCUCGUUCCGUUUUGGGUAUUCACCACCAUCCGGCGUUACUGUAAAGAGUGUGUUCAUCAAAAAUGGUGCAUCGCAGGUUAUCGAUUGUCCAUCCCGAUUCUGUACAGUAACUCUGCCCUAAACCCGUUGUUGUACGCUUGGAGAAUGCAGCCAUAUCGUCAAAGCUUUCAAGCCUUGUUUUCCAGAAAACAAAAUCGUGUGGGAGGAACAAGUCAUAACGAAUUCCCUCCAAACAAAGGCAAUGAAACUAUACUGGUCAAUGAAUUUUGCGAAGAGACUAAAGUAUAAAUAAAACUUUACAGAGGAAAUUUUCCAGUUUCAGUUUAAAACUUUCAAAAAUUAUGCAAACAGCUGUAUGAGCAUAUGUAAACAGCUUCUUUAUUUUAAAACCAUUUUUUAAGCGCAAGUGGGCGCAUAUUUUUUAA